AUGAUAAGCGCGCUCGAUGAACAGUUAGAUGAACUAAGGUUAUUAGCUGAUAUUCUUGAUACGCUUUCAAAUACAGAACAAGGGUUACGCCCUGAUCAAUUGGCGCCUUUGACUCUUAGAAUACGCCGAGCAGUGGAUGUGAUAGCGACAUCAUCUGUUGAGAAGAAGACAUGUGUACAGAAAAGCUUUAGUGAAAGGGAGCGUCCUCGUCGGGCGGAUGGCUUACCCGAACUAACUCAACAAGUGAAAUACUCGCUAGGAACAUCUCCUUUAGUUUUGACACGGAAGCCAGUAGUUAAGAAGCCUUCUAGCAUCAGCGCAUUUCCAGUUCCAAGAGAAAAAAUUCCUCAGGGGCAGCUUGCGGUCUCAAAAGAGGUUUCGCGUUGUUUGGCGUGCACCUUGUAUAAUAUAUUAGAGGGUUCAACAAGAUUAUUGAAGGCCUCUUUUGCCCAUGUUUUUGUUCGUAAAGACGAUGAGAUGGUAUCUAUUGCUAACUGCGCUGCCCGUCUUUCCUUUCCCCCCCAGUUGGUUCGUCAUAAGUGCCUGGGCUCCUUGGAUGCAGACGUUUUAGCGAGUGGAAUUGCCUUGAAUCAACACAUUGCAGAUGGUUCUAAAAUUACUUCAAGUCUUCUUAUAUUUCCUGUUUUUGCCUCGGACCCGCCUUCGCAGAGGGCUUUAGCUGUGGUGCACGUGGAGAAUAAACUUCAGGGAAGCGUUGCGUUUAAUAAUGAAGAUGAAGCCAUUCUCUUGACUACAGCGCAGUUGAUUGGCGGAUUGAUGUCUCGCUUCCCUCAAAUGGAUUGGAUCAAACGUUUUUAUGAUCCUGUUACGCAACAUAUCUUAGCUCCGUUUGUACCACGGAAAAAAAUUAUAUUGCCGCGAGAAAGGGCUUAUAGUAAUCAGCACUCCUUUAUUACUGAAACAUCCGUAUAUGCUGAUUAUUCUUCAGAUGCGAUGUAUUUUAAAAAAAUUGAGGAAUGCGAAGUUCCACGCUUGAUACGACGGGAUGCUCUUCCUCGUCUGGCUACUCAAAAGCCCUUGGCUCAGGGUCUUUCGGCAGCUCCAUCAUUGCGCGAGGUUGCCGCAUAUGUGGAGAAUAUGCAUAGCUGUUGGAGCCGCACUGUGUCCAGCAAUGUUAAAUUUUCCGAGGAAGAGCGUUCAAAUCAGGUUGAACUGAAGGCAUUACGUCGCGAAUUGGCCCGCAUUAAAGCACUUUAUGCUGAAGCGGAGGAACAAUUACGCCUUUAUCGACUUGAAGGCCAAGACUAUGAGGAAGAGUUUCGUGGUAUCAGGGGUGAACUCGAUGCUUAUUUACGGAGGCGCGACAAGCUGGAUGUUACUUAG